CUUUGCCGUAACAUCGCGUACAGCUCCGGAACGCCGCCGACGGACGCACGGCGCCGCUUGCCAUGGUCGACGUGUGCCGCCUUGUGAUGGACGAAUACAUCAAGCAGUUUCGCAAUCCGCCUUCGGUGUACAAAACGUGCCCCGAAGCGGCCUUGACUCUCCUCGACAACUUCAAAGUCGACCUCUCCAAGCGCACGACCGAAUGCCAAAUCACUGGGUGCUGGUGGGCAUACUUCAUCACGGCAGGAUAUGUCACCCAAGAAGGCGUGAAUUGCCCCAUCACAGACAUCAGCACCAACACGAUUGUGCCUCCGAACAAAGUGAAUUGCACGGAGGCGGAAUCGCGGCAAACACUCCCUCCAGUGUCCACACGUGCUUAUGAUCCGACGCCUGCCGCAUCGUCGUCGGCUAGUGGAUCGAGCCCCGUUGCAACAUCGACGACUGCUUCCCCAGCCAUUGCGUCCACAGCCGUUGUCGCUAGCUCCGAUUCAUCCGUGACGAUCGUGAUUGUCGUAGCUGCCACCGUGAUCGUGCUCCUCGGAAUCUUCGUUGUCUGGCGACUGCGCGUCGUCAAGCGAGAUCGCGGCGAUUCUUUUCAUCAGCUCCACGACAAUACAAAGCAGACGGCGGAAGUGUCGACCGAGGGUGCCACCACGAAUUUCAACCCCGACACGAGUUUCCUAGCUGGCAGCGAAGACGACACGGAGCUGCUCGCGAUGUGGCGCAUUCCUCCAAAUGAAAUCGUCAUGGAGUGCCGGCUCGCGGAAGGCGCGUUCGGCGAAGUUUGGCGUGGGUCGUACAGGGGCGAGGCGGUGGCCGUCAAAAUGCUGCACAAGCACAAAUCGUCGAUGGCAGACAUCCGCGUAUUCAUCGACGAAAUCAAGCUCGUGGCCAAGAUGGACUGCGAAGCGAUCGUGCAAUUUGUCGGGGUCUCGUACCACCGCCUGGUGGACGUGAAGAUGGUCACUGAGUUCAUGAGUGGUGGGGACCUCCGCACGGUGCUCCACGAGUCGAACGACGUGUCGUUCCCGGUCGCGCAAAAGCUCGAGUGCGCCAUCCGCAUUGCCGACGCGUUGGUGUUCAUGCACGUGAUGGAACCGAAAGUUAUCCACCGCGACCUCAAGUCGCGCAACGUGCUCCUGGACCCCGUCAAAGGGGCCAAAUUGACCGACUUUGGCGUAUCCCGGGAAGCCAUCGACCACGAAACACUAACCCAGGGCGUCGGGACGUACCGAUGGAUGGCGCCCGAGGUGCUAGUCGACGGCCACUAUACGACAUCGGCUGACAUGUAUUCGUUUGGCGUGAUCCUGACCGAGCUCAACACGCAUGAAAUUCCAUACGCCGAUCGGAAAAACGCGACCGGUGGAGCCAUGUCGGACACGGCCAUCAUCGCCCAAGUGAUCCGAGGAGAUCUAAAGCCUUCGUUCCGGCCAGAUGCCGACCCGUGGUUCGUCGAGUUUGCGCUCAAAUGCCUCGACAGCCAGCCCGUGAACCGGCCGACAGCGAUGGAAGCAGCGUACUUUCUUCGGAUGGCGCUGCGAAGGGAGCACGGUAGCAUGCCGAGAUAACACGCACGAAGUCACACUAGAAUCGUCCGUCGUGGAGAUGGUGCAGUUCGUUCGAGGGGCGGCCGUGAUCACGUUUUGUUGUUCCGAGCACUUGGUACAAAACAUCGUGGUGAUAUAUGCACAGCAAUCCCCUCGUCCAUCCGUCAGCAUGCCACAACCGAUCAUGUCUUCGUUUGGAUGGCAAAGUUUGCCUUAAACAUCACGGAUGUUUAUACACUUGUGUGAGUUGCU